AUCCGGUUGCUUUCAACUGCGCCUGCGUAAAACGGAAAAAAUGAAAUGCGUAUAUUAUCAAUUGUGUGUCUUAUGUUGUGUUAAAAAGCAUAUUCAUUUAUAAAUCAUGGAUGGUCACUGUCCAACUAUGAAGCCGUCUCAAAUUCGAUACUCUGCAGUUUCUGAAAAAGAUAUGGAUGAUAAUGGAAUAUUGAUUGGACAAGAGCUUGAUGACCUUAUAAAAAACAGGAAAAAUAUAGGGGCAAUUCCACCACUUCCGAUCGCACAACAUAACCACUACUGGGUUACCCCAAAUAACAGACGUCUCUGGAUUUGCCGACAGUUGCAAAGGCUUGAAAUGUUAAACAUGAUUAGAGUGAGAAAAGUAGGGUUUAUUCCCACUGGUGUGUUUGAUGACCUAACGAUUAUAGAUGUUGGUAGACAACAAUCAAAUCGUAAACAGAAGUCAAGCUUAAUACUUGGACUAGUCGCGGGGAUAGUAUGUGCUGUCGUUAUCGUAUUGGCUUAUUUUCUGAAUAAAUAAUCAAAUUGCAGAUGCGCUGAUGUAUACAACUUACGGGACACUGUUGUUAGUGGUAAUGCAUUCAAAACUUGCGUUCAAAAUUAGGAGACUUUACCUACCGGUAUAUGAGCUAAGCAAGGUAUGAAACAUUGCAAUUUGAACACAAUCAAUUUAUGGAUAGCUCAUAAGCUGUAUGGACGCAUCAUCGCUUUGUUAACAAACUGUUUAAUGAAGAGUAUAAAAUAAUUGGGUAAAAUCUUAAUAUUUCAUAACAUGCAAGCCGUGCUUUUUUGUAACAUUCGACCGUUGAAGAGAAACUGUUGAUUAAUUAUAUGUACAGUAUUGUAGUCAAGUUCUUUUUAAGACCACUGUGUUAGAAUCUUUUGCAUCUAUUGCAUAAUUUAGUUUUCCUAUAUUUUUGAUAAAGAGGCCUAGAACUGACUUGAUUUUGUUAAUGGUCGGCAGAAUGUUCAAUGCAAACUUCAUGAAAGUUGGGAAAAAUUCACAAGUUGGGAGCUAUUGAUUUCUACAGGUCAUAGUAAGGUCGUAGCAGAACAUGUGCAUACAACAAUAAGAUUGGCCCAGUACUUGCCACUUCUUAGUAUCAGUAUCAUCAGCCGGCCGUAAUCAUAUCUGUAAUUCGUACACAUAAUAGUGUCAAUACUCUCGGCACACCUAACUUCAUAAACAAACAAGUGUGUAUAAUUUCCAUCAUUGUGAUAUUGAUAGAGUUUGAAAGAAGUAAAAUAAAAAUCAAGGAGA